CUCUAAACCUCACCUAAAAAUGCUCGAGUUGCAUGAGUAACUUCCAAAAUCAUAGAAAGGGAACCAGAGAGCUCAGAGGGGAAAGGAAAGACAAGAGUCCCCGAAAGCUCCUCCCCUAGUUGCUUUUCGAGUUCAAGGCCUUUGAACCCCUGUCUCUGUAUUCAUUUUUCAUGGCGUUGUAUCUUCUCUACGAAUCGGCAUCUGGUUAUGCUCUUUUUCUAGGUCAUGGCAUCGAUGAAAUUGGGCAGAACACUGAAGCUGUUCGGAGCUCUGUUCUUGAUCUUAAUCGCUUCGGGAAAGUUGUGAAGCUCUUAGCUUUUAAUCCGUUUGACUCUGCCCUCGAUGCUCUCAACCAGGUUAAUGCUGUUUCUGAAGGGCUUAUGACUGAGGAGCUGAGGAACUUUUUGGCGCUGAAUCUCCCAAAAAUCAAGGAAAGUAAAAAGCCUAAAUUCAGUGUCGGAGUUUCGGAGCCAAAGAUUGGGUCACAUAUUUUUGAAGAGACUAAAAUUCCUUGCCAAAGCAACGAGUUUGUUCUUGAACUUCUUCGUGGUGUGCGGUUACACUUUGAUAGGUUUAUCAAGGACCUCAAGCCUGGUGAUUUGGAAAAAGCUCAGCUUGGUUUGGGACACAGUUACAGCCGAGCUAAGGUCAAAUUCAAUGUCAACAGAGUUGAUAAUAUGGUUAUUCAGGCCAUCUUCCUGCUUGAUACUCUUGAUAAAGAUAUUAACUCCUUCUCCAUGAGAGUCAGGGAAUGGUAUUCCUGGCAUUUCCCUGAGCUUGUUAAGAUUGUCAAUGACAACUACCUCUAUGCAAAGGUUUCAAAAUUUGUCGAGGAUAAAUCACAAUUAUCCGAGGACAAAAUCCCUGCCUUAGCCGACAUAGUAGGAGAUGAAGAUAAAGCUAAGGAGAUUGUUGAAGCUUCCAAAUCAUCUAUGGGACAGGAUUUAUCUCCAAUUGACUUGAUUAAUGUCCAGCAAUUCGCCCAGAGGGUAAUGGAUCUCUCUGAGUACAGGAAGAAGCUUUAUGACUAUCUGGUUACAAAAAUGAAUGACAUUGCACCAAAUUUGGCUGCGCUGAUUGGUGAAGUUGUUGGUGCCCGUUUGAUUUCUCAUGCUGGUAGUCUCACAAACUUGGCCAAGUGCCCUUCUUCUACCCUUCAGAUCCUUGGUGCAGAGAAGGCACUAUUCAGGGCAUUAAAAACCCGGGGAAAUACACCAAAGUAUGGCCUAAUUUUCCAUUCAUCUUUCAUUGGGCGAGCAUCUGCAAAGAACAAGGGCCGAAUGGCGCGUUAUCUUGCAAACAAGUGUUCCAUUGCAUCUCGUAUUGACUGUUUCUCAGAAACAAGCACCACUGUAUUUGGAGAGAAGUUGCGUGGGCAAGUUGAAGAAAGACUGGACUUCUAUGACAAAGGAGUCGCACCUUGCAAAAAUAUUGAUGUCAUGAAAGCAGCUAUUGAGAGUAUCCAAAACAAAGGUGGGGCGGUCACCGAAGAUGAUGGAGAGAAGAAUGAGAAUACAGAAGUUUCUGCAAAGAAAAGCAAGAAGAGGAAAUCCAAAGGUGAGAAUGGUGUGAAUGGUGAGCCGAUGGAUGUUGAGGAACCUCAAGCUGUUACAAAUGGACUGACUUCCAAGGAGCAAGAGAUGGAAAAGAAGAAGAAGGAGGAGAAACGUAAGCUAGCACAGGAGCUGGGGCAGACUGAGGCUCCUGAUAAUUUGGAUGGCGUGAAUGGGUUUGUUCAAGAACAGGAUGGGACAACGAAGAAGAAGAAGAAAAACAAGGAUGUAGAUGGAGAGGACUUACAGACAGCUAGUGAAGUUAAGAAGAAAAAGAAGAAAUCAAAAGGAGAAGAUGAUUGAUCAAUAAACUUGUUUAUUGUCACAAGUUUGAGUAUAAAACUUUGUAUUGGUUACUGCACUCAGGUUCUAAAUUAGAAUUUUGGAUUAAAUAGUUUGUUUUUU